AGAAGCGAGGAGAGCAGCGAGAUGGGCAACCGGGUGACCCGCACCGACUUCGAGUGGGUCUACACGGACCAGCCCCACAAGCAGCGCCGGAAAGAGAUGCUGGCAAAGUAUCCAUCCAUCAAGUCUCUGAUGACACCAGAUCCCAGUUUAAAAUGGAUUGUGACCGGAAUGGUGCUCGUACAGUUCCUGACUUGCUACCUGGUGAAAGAUUUGCCCUGGAAAUGGGUUUUAUUCUGGGCAUAUGUGUUUGGGGGCUGCAUUAACCACUCCCUCACACUAGCCAUCCACGACAUCUCGCACAAUGUUGCCUUUGGCAACUGUCUGAUAAAAUGGAACCGAUGGUUUGCAGUCUUCGCCAACCUGCCCAUUGGGAUUCCCUACUCAGCUUCCUUCAAAAAAUACCACGUUGACCACCAUCGCUACCUCAGUGGGCACAAUCUGGAUGCAGAUAUUCCUACUGACUUUGAGGGCUGGUUUUUUUGUACUCCAUUUCGAAAAUUAAUUUUGGUUAUCUUCCAGCCUUUGUUUUAUAGCUUACGGCCUGUUUUUGCAUACCCAAAGGCAGUGACUCUGAUGGAAAUAUAUAAUGUUUUGGUGCAACUUCUGGUUGAUGUCAUCCUCUACUACUUCUGGGGUUUGAAGCCGCUGGUUUAUUUAGUAGCAGGGACACUGCUAUGCACAGGCUUACAUCCUAUAGCUGGGCACUUCAUAGCGGAGCAUUAUAUGUUCUGGAAAGGGUAUGAAACAUAUUCCUACUAUGGGGUCCUCAACUGGAUGACAUUUAAUGUCGGUUAUCAUAUGGAGCACCAUGAUUUCCCGAAUAUUCCAGGGAGAAAAUUACCAAUGGUAAAGAAGAUAGCUCCAGAAUAUUACGACUCACUGCCUCACCAUCAGUCUUGGUUUCGAGUUCUGUGGGACUUCAUUUUUAAUAAGAACUUUGGUCCUUAUUUGAGGAUUAAGCGACGAUACAAGCUAGCAAGAGAACUUGAUAGCCUACACUACACUACCCAUCAAAAAUUUAACGUACCCCCUGCCUCUUAGGAAUGCACUUGUAUUUUGGGAAUGGAGCUUGCCAGGAGCUGAUGUAAUAUUCCUGAUUUCAUGGGAUUUUCUGUGAUCUCAAAUUUGAAGAAAUAUUAUGAUGAAGCCAGCCAGAAGCACUUUUCAAAUUAGUAUUUUUAAAAAGAUUGUAUCUGUAUUGUUUAUUAAUCUUUGGAAAGAUGUGCAGAUCUAGAAAGCGCAUAGGAAAUUAGAGUUAAAGGGAUCAAAAGGAUGGAGUGCUUUCCCUUUAAGUUUUGGGAGACUUUUAGUUUAGGGGAAAAAAUUACAAAAGGAGGAGCAGGCCAGAAGUUGGACAUUAGGAAAGAUGAAACUGAAUAAAAGUACUUCCUCUCUGAAACUACCAGUGUUAUCCAGUCACAUUUAUCACCAGUAGAUUCUGCACUGACCAAGAGAGAUAAGUCAACCAGUGCAAUAAACAUGUGGUGUUUCUUACCACAAGAUGUAGUGAACAAGCAGUAUCUUAGUUAUAGCAGGAUUACACAAAUUUACAGAGAUGACAUCUGGUGGUGCUGCGAUGAAAUGACUUCUUUGUACAGUUCAAUAGAUAUUUUAAACAUGUAUAUUAACUUUUUAAUAUGUGUAUUUUGAAUGAAUACAGAAUUCUGUUUUUUGAAAUUGUAAAACGGGAGUGUAUUGGUCAGAAAAGAACAGGGAUAUGAUUGUUCAAAGGAGUAAACCUGCAAACAGACCCUUUUUAAAAAGGAGAAGAGAUGAAUAGUCAUACAAGUUUGAAUAUUUUAUGUAUUUUUUUCUUCAAAAUAAAUGAUUUCUUUUUAAAGAAAUCAGUUCAGAUGUUAUUGUAAAGGUCGCAUGGCUUUCCCCCCACAUACAAGGACAUUUGCAUUAAUGCAGGUUGCUAGCUAAGAUGCCCUGCAGAUGGCAUUUGCUUUUCACCCGUACUGGCUGACCCAUUCUUAAGUCUGAGGUUAGUGAAAAAACUUUGCACGACUGGCAACAUUGAUAAUGCCGUGGAUUAUAGUUGGCAUAUGAAGCUGUCUUAUACAGAGUUGGAUGAAUGAUAGCAGCCCCUGCCCCCACAUAUUAAACUGAGGACCUUUCCCAGUACAUUAGCAGAGACUCCCCAACUGGCAAUGCUGAGGAUUGAAUUUAGGACCUGCAGGCAAAGUCUGACUUCUGCCAUCAAUUCCCCAAAUUUUUAAAAGGUACAGGUUCAUUCCCUUCCUAUCUUCCAAAUACAGGCUUGUGUUAUAUUCAAACAUGGGCAUUAGAGAUGGCCAUGAACUGGGAAACAAACGAACUGUGCAGUUCGUGGUUCAUCACGUUUCGUGAACCAGAACCAUGAACUUUUACGAACUUGCCCCCUGGUUUGCAAACCGGCUUAUUUGGUUUGUGAAAAUGUCACUGCCGGGAUAGCAGAAGGUCAUUUCUAUGGCUACAGAAAGCCUAUCCCCCCCUCCGUUGCCUAGGAAACUGAUUGGCACCAGACUGUCUGCAGCGAUGAACCAAACGAACCGGCCCAAAAGUUUGUGGUGGUUCGUCAGAAAUGGGCUCUGACAUUGGAAAAACCAUCUCCCUCCAUCAGUGUCACAGUGGUACUCUCGAGUUUGGGACCAAUUUAUAAUAGAAAAAAUUACUGCCAGGAUUCAAUCUUCCAAUUCAAUUAAUGCGAAAACAAAUUUUUAUGAGAAAUGGAUGCCCUUUUUUGUGUUCAUUGAAAAGAAUGAUAUGCAGCCUUCGAGUUCUUUAUACCGUAAUAUCUUAGAACAGUAAAGAUUAAUGCUACAGAACACUAUUUAAUGUUAUGAAAAUACUUUUAAAGUGAACUCAUCAUAAUAUUGCAUUUCACUUGUAAAAAUUUGAUGUUUUAAAUAAUAUUUAAAUGUUAGCCUCACAUUAUGAUUGUGACUUACCUUUCAAGUACCAAGUUGUUGCAUAUACCGAGUUGUUAUAUGUUUCAUAAUGUUGUUUUUGUGUAAUAAAAAUUAUAAAUAAAUUUUAAAAAAAGAAAUGGGCUCUGACAAACCACCGGUUUGUGAACCAUGAACUGGCCUGGUUUGUGACGAAUUCUGAUUCAUGUUUCGGUUCAUGCCGACCUCUAAUGGGCAUUCUUGAAGGAAGAUGGUGACUGUCUGAAAGCACAUAUUUCUGUGGGCUCUCGUGCUGGCUCUACCCUGGGCUUAAUUGCCAGGCAGGGUUGGGAAAUUCAAUCCUAGCCCAUCUCCUUAUAGAUAAGAGACACUCCAGCUGUUGUGUGCCAAGGAAGAUCAGAUGGGUUCUUUUUCAUUAGAGGACUUAAAGCUCUUCUGUAUCCUAUUAACACGAUAACAUCAAAGAACGAACAGAGCAAGGCUAGCCGGAAGGCUGAGUAAGUUUGCUGCAUGGAUUAUCUGUUGAUAUAUCAGUUGGAACUUUCCUAUACUGCAUUUAUAUUUUUUCUCUUUUUUUCCCCCUCUUCUUUCCUAAGAAACUUUGACU